GAAAGAGAAACCGCGCACAGCGAAAGCGAGGCGCUACCAUGGAGGAGAGUUCGAAUGACGCUGCACAGGCGGCAGUGUUAGAAACCCUAAAGAGCAGAGGAUGGUGUUUCGAUGAAUUGGAGAAAGUCAAAGCGAUUACCUUUAUACACUUCGCUUUAGCUGAUGACACGGACCCCUUAACUUUGGCGGAUUCGGUGGAGUCCGAGCUGCUCAAUUCGGAUCUUCGAUCCAUCGGAGGCAAGUCAUUGCCCGAUUCUAAUCAAAUUCGGAAAUCCUCUUGUCUUCACGGCCCCAAAGUCCUUCAGAUAUCAUCAGUUAGGGACAUAUCUCUGAGUAGCAUGGAUGACGUUUCUAUGAAUUCGAGUAGUCAGCGGCGAUUACUAAAAUUGAGUCUAACAGAUGGCCACUCGGAGGUUACCGCAAUAGAGUACUCCCAUAUACCAUCAAUUCCCAAAGACGUUGUACCUGGGACUAAGGUCCGCCUGGAACACAAAGCUGCAGUGCAUAGUGGUAUAGUAUGUUUGAACUCUAAAACGAUAACUGUAUUAGGAGGUGUGGUGCAAUUACUUUAUGAAGAAUGGCAGGUUCAGCGGAAAUAUUCAGUUUUCUCAUUGUCAUCCCUAAGGCCAUCCCAUGAAAGUGAGACUAAUGGUCCUCCUCCUUUUGAGAAGUUGGAAAUUGGGGCGCCUUCACAUAGAUUUCCACGGAAAGAUCACUCUGGGUUUACCUCCAAGGGAAGUGUGCCUCUGGUUGUGAAAACUGUUGAAGGUACUGAAAUCAAGCCAACCAAUGGACAGCAAACCACUGAUUUCAAAGCUAUUCACAUUGAUCAAGACCUUAAAACCACUUGCCCUACCGGAAAAGAUGAGGAAAAUCCUAGUAGCUCCGAAAUAAGGCCAAAGGAAGUUGCUGAGUGUGUGCCUGUUCAAAAUCAAGCAGCUUCUCAAAAGCUCUUACAGAAAAUGAGUGAACCAAAUAAACGUGAUUGGCAUGCUAAGGGUCGGAGAAAUAAGGGAAAGGCAAAACAAGAAGAGAUGCCAGUUUUCACUCUAGAUGAGUGGGAAAAGAGUAAGGCUGGGGCAAAGACCGGAGUGAAAAAUGAGCUUUCAAACACUAGUGGUGAUGAGGAUCUUGCAUGGCAACUUCAGAAUCAACUUGAUAUGGAAGAUCCUAAUGUGCAAAGAGGAAAACAUGAUAUAGGGGCAGAUGAUAUUAGAAUGAUGUUUAAUUAUGAAAGAGAUGACGAUAGAGCGCGUGGAAUGGAACAUGGCGGCAGAGGAAGAGGAAGGGGGAGAGGGAAACAUGAUAUAGGGGCAGAUGAUAUUAGAAUGAGUAUGUUUAAUUAUGAAAGAGAUGACGAUAGGGCGCGUGAAAUGGAACAUGGCGGCAGAGGAAGAGGAAGAGGAAGGGGGAGAGGGAAACAUGAUAUAGGGGCAGAUGAUAUUAGAAUGAGUAUGUUUAAUUAUGAAAGAGAUGACGAUACGGCUCGUGGAAUGGAACAUGGCGGCAGAGGAAGAGGAAGGGGGAGAGGGAGAGGGAGAGCAAAAGGGAGAGGAAGACGUGGAUAACUUUCUUUGUUCCUCCCCGGCCUUGCCAGACCCUCUCUUUAUCAUACGUGCAUGUAUAUUUUCUUCUUUUGUCAGGUUUGAAGUCUGGUGAAUCAGAUCCACACCUUGUAACCUUGGUGAUUGAAUGGCCACUGAUUGAAUUUUUGAUAAAACCAUCUCUUUAUGUGGGGGGAAAAAAAUGGAAUUGGUUUUGUUACCUGUCGGACUGCAUGUUGGAGGUAUGUUUGGCGGUUGCAAAGUCCAGGGAGCUCUUUGGCAAAUACUUAUAUUUUUGCUGCUAAAGUUUGAGAAUUCGUAGCUUAUUUUGAUUAGUGGCUGGUGUGCACUACAGUACAGAUGUUUGAAAAUGCUUGGCACAGUUUUGAGCUUUUGGUUUGGGUAAGGUUAAUAACGGAAAUGGAGAAAUUGUUUGAGGGUUAUGUUGGUGCUUGUUUUGAAACCCAUCUUGGUGGGUUUAUCGUCGACAUAAUUCUUUGGAUUUAUUUUUGUACUCUGGCACUGUUGGCUUUUACUAAUCAAAUCAUUAGCUAUGGUAUUUAAAAA